GGAGGUUUGCACUGAUCUGUGGAGGUUUGCCUGUGGUUCAUGGUGAUAUAUUGGAUCCCUGUGGCAAUACACGUAAACGAGUUUGAGGUAACAACAUGGCGCUCGCAAUGUUAGUGCAGAAAGUCUUUCAAUUAAAGUCAUGGCUCAAAUUGACAUUAGAGAAUAUGUCACUUGCAAUACAAGGAACACUGUUAUCUGUAAUUAUUCUGUAUCUGCUUGGAUUGGCUCAAAGUGUUUACAAAGUGCUAGCUGUCACCCCUGGAUUUCUAAUACCACCAAAUUUCAGAAUCUGGACCUUAAUAAGUGGAGGCCUUAUUGAAUCUAGCAUCUUUUAUGUUGUAGUUGACAUUGCAAUUUUACUUGUCUGUGGAAGACAGAUAGAGCCAUUAUGGGGAGCUUUGGAGUUACUGAAAUAUUUUGCUAUUCUUGAUGUAUUUGCUUCAAUUUCAACAACAGUUCUUUGCUUGUUAGUGUAUUUGUCAACACACAAUUUUGAUGUCUGGUUUGCUACAUUUAGUGGGAUGGCAGGUAUCUGCGGAGGCAUCUCGGUGGCAUUUAAACAAAUAAUGCCAGAUCAGAAAAUCGAUUUGAGAAUAACAGAGAUUCGAGCUGAGAGCCUCCCGUCAAUACUGCUGUUUGCAACCACAAUCUUUGCUGUUGUUGGCAUACUGCCGUUUACGAAGCCCCUUCAUUUCUUCAGUGGCAUCGCUGUAGGCUGGGUUUAUCUGCGCUUCUAUCAACCAAGAGGCAAAGGCAUAAAAGGAGACAUGAACGAACAUUUCGACCUGGCUUCAUUCUUUCCUGAGCCAACACAGCCUGCAAUAAAGAGUAUAUCGGUAGUUGUGUACAACUUCUUGGUAAGAAUUGGUGUAUGCAAAACACCUGUGCGAACCUACGAUGUUGGUUCAUCUUCAGGCAUCACCAUCAGUUUGCCAGGCACAAGUCCCAAUGACGCCGAACGCCGCAGGCGAAAAGCCUUGCGUGCCUUGAAUGAAAGGCUUAAAAGAGAGAAAGAAAAUCAUGAUGAGACAGGUGACGAUAACUGGCCUUCAAUUGAUGAUGAUUCUACAAAAAUUGAGCCUGUAUCAAAUGACACAAAUAUUGACAUUGAGAAUACCAGCAGCUCUGACCCAGAUGUUGAAAUAAUUGAUAAAAGUGAAAUUGAAGGGCAACAGUGAUGCUUCAAUACUUGCUCUUCAAUUACUUAUCAUCAAUGAAUCUUGGAUCAACUAUUUAUCGGGCAACUGACAUGGCAUCAAUCUAUAAUGACUAGUGGCUUUUCACAUUGUCAGUUUGGGGAGGUGUUUUAAAACCUGGUGUAUUCUCAGAAAAAAGCAAGGUUGGACAUGCCUUCUUGAUUUCAUAGCUGCUGAAUGUAAUAAAGUAAUUCCUUGAGGUUAUAAAGGUUAUGGAAAGACUUAAUUAAACCUGGGAUGUUGUAACUGCAUAUUUUUAGGAUAGGACUACUUGUUACUUUCUUGGGUCUAGAAUUUGAGUGAAAAUUAUUUUCAGGGUCUGUCCAUUGUACAAUUACUUUUUUUGGGUGCGUAAAAUUUUGAAUUGUUUUGCUGAGUUGUUUUAAAAGUUUUAAAAGAUAGAGAAAUAUUGCCAACUUACUUGUGCAGGGACAGGAAAAAUUUUUUUUGAUCAAUUUUUAUGCCAGAAUUUUUGUGGGUUGUUUUAUACCCAAGCCUGAGCACCCAAUUUCUAAAUGUAGAAAAGUUCCCUCCUGGAGAACUAACUCUUAAAAUCAAAUCAACAUUAAGUCAAUAUUGAAUAUUCGAACACAUCAUCAUCACUAGCUUAUCACAUCACCACAUACAUCACAACUUGACUAUUUGUGAUUUGAGUUUUUAAGGUUUAUUUAGUUAUUUUAAGGUAAGGAGUGAUAUGUUUCGAUAUGAUUGCUUAGAAAACAAGAAAAGAAUGAUGGACGCCAACCAUAAUGAAACAGAAUAUAAGACUACAGGUUUCUUUUUUGGCUACAAAUUUAUUUUUAUUUAAUGCCUAAUUAUUAUCAUUUUGUUGCUAUUAAUGAUAUUGUCAAGUUUCAACAUUUUAAACAUGGCUAUGGUUGUAAAUUUAGAAUGAAAUUUUGUUUGCCUUUACAACAUACAGCAGUUUUUGUUGAUGCUAAAAAUAUUUCAUGUAAAUGUAAUUUAUAACAAAAUUGUUCUCUGAAAAUUAUUAAUACUUUAGAAACCAGCUUCUAGAUACUUCGAAAUUAUUUUAAAUUAAUGAGAAAUUGAAUUAUGGUAGCACUAUAUUUACUGGUACUGUUAAAAAAGAGAAAUUGCCACAAGAAUAGAGAUUUCUUUGUAGAAA